CAUAACGGCCAAGCUGUAUUCCUAAUUUGGCUUGAGAUGGGCGGGUGCUGAACACUCGUAAUUUCCCUUCUUUUUAACUUGGGCGAAGUUGGAACUGGUGCGUAAAUCGUGGUGCCUCAGGCGUAGCCCUCAGGAACUCUAUUCGAAGAACACUGACAUCAAGGAAAGUUUUGGACAAAGCCAAAGACCUCCACUGUCUCUCCAGGACCUCCCCUGUAAGUGCUGUAAGUGGUCAAGACCCGUGUCCUGAUAAUGCCUCUGGUCGUGAUGCACUCCUCUCCGCUGCUGUGGACGCGCGUGCUGGCCAUGGUGUUCGCCUGCGUGGCGUUCAGCGUGGCCAUCCACGGCGCGAUCAUCAUGGAGCAGCCGGCGGGCGACUGGUGCCUGUUCAGCUGGGGCUUCAGCUUCGCCGGCACGGCCCUGGUGCUGCUGGUGGAGCUGUGCGGCCUGCAGGCGCGCAUGCCCGUCUCCUGGAAGAACUUCCCCAUCACCUUCGCCUGCUACUCCUCGCUCUUCUGCCUGUCCGCCACCGUCAUCUUCCCGCUGUACUUCGUGAAGGGCGCCGGCACCGGCGGCCAGGCGCACGACUACCGCGUGGCGGCGCUGGUCUUCUCCUGCCUGGCCACCGUCGCCUACCUGACGGAGGUGAGCAUCAGCAAGGCGCGGCCCGGCGAGGUGGUCGGCUACAUGGCCACCGUGCCCGGCCUGCUGAAGGUGUGCGAGACCUUCGUGGCCUGCAUCAUCUUCGUGUUCAUCAGCGACCCCGUGGCCUACGACGGCCACGCCGCGCUCAAGUGGUGCCUGGCCGUCUACUGCAUCUGCUUCAUCCUGUCCGCCGUCGUCAUCGUGCUGUGCGUGGGCGAGUGCACCGGCUGCCUGCCCUUCCCCUUCGCGCGCUUCCUGUCCGCCUACGCCUCGCUCGCCGUCCUGAUGUACCUGUCCGCCACCAUCAUCUGGCCCAUCUUCAAGUUCGACAGGAAGCACGGCGGGAUCCCCACGAGACCCAGCUCGUGCGGCCGCUCCGCGGGGCUGUGUCAGUUCGACAAGCUGAUGGCCGUGGCUGUGCUCACGGGCGUCAACCUCAUCCUGUACGUCGUGGACUUGAUAUACUCUGCCAGGCUGGUGUUUGUUGCUGUUUGAGUCAGAAGAACAGACAGAAAGAGAGAAAGAGAAGGGGGGGAGUAAAAGAUGAGAGAAAAGAGAAAAGAAUGAAAAGACAAAGAGGGUUAUGAUAGACCAAGAAAAAAUCAGAGGAACUCGGAAAUCACUGUUAUUCCAUGUUUUACCAUUUAUCAGUAUUUGAUCAGAAAUCAGUAGUUGCCAAAGUUGCUCUCACUUGCAUCAUAUGUACCAAAGAACUACACUGAUCAUUAAGAAGUAUUCUAAAAUGGAGAUGAAAGGUGCAGCUAUAAUUUCAAUCCUUUCAAUAUUCACAUGGCGCAAUAAAAAAAAAAACUUGAAAAAAUGAAAUGAUCAAUAAUACUUACCAUGAAAAACUGUUCCUAAAACUGACUGCUUAUGCAAGCACUGCUUUUAAUGGUGUUCUGUGGCCAUAUGAGCCAUAUCAAAGCUGAUUUUUUUUUUAUUUCUAUCUGUGGAGAUGGUGCUUAUAUAAUACCAGUGUGCACCCCUUUUUAGUGCUCAACUGCUGUGUUAAAAUAGAAUUUUGAUGAAGUAACCCAACACAAUAUAACAUGUUCAAUAAAUUGUAGCUUUUAUAACUUGAUUGUAAUGCAUCUCUACACAUCCACAAUCUAUCUGCACAUGGUUGGACAAGCAACUAUUUGAGAUAAACAUGACUUCAUCAGUAUAAUCAUGAAAGCUUGAAUCCAUAAUGUACUCAGUACACAUAAUGCUUGUUUCAUACAGUAUAUGGCUACAACCAAAGUAGUGCACACGAGAAGAAAUUAGGUGAAAGCUGAGAUAUUUUGCAAUGUGUUUUGUGUGGUAGUUUCUGACAUGUAGCUGUACGUGUUUUGUAUGCAGGACUGCUGCAGUCCCUAUGUGCCUAUAUGAAAGUAUUACUUAGGUUCACUCUAAGAGACCACACAGUUUGGGAGUUAUGAUUAGAUGUUUACUCUGUGUCUCAAUACAGAACCUUUGUAAAGGUUUGAGUAUACUGCAUCAAAUGUAUGGGAGAAUUAUGACUCACAUUGGAAUAAAUAAUAUGAAUGCACAA